UCUGUCGCCACCGUUCUGCUGGUUCAGUUCAGUUCCGUCCCGAUUGCGGAAAGUGAACACGCGCGCACAGGCUGCAAGUUCUUGGCAAGUUGUUCUGAAAAAAAAAACAGUGCAAGUUAGUGCAACCUGUUUCCUCCGUGUGUUGGUGUGAGGGAGUUUUUCAUCUUAGACCGAGUGAUUUUGAAUUUCUCCCCGAUUCUGGAACGUGUGGAACGCACGCAAACCACCGUCAGCAAUGAAGGUUGCCGCGGUAGCUGGAUUGCUGCUGAUCAGCGUUGCUAGCAUUAACGCCGCUACCGAUAAGGUGUUCUGCUUCUUCGACAACAAGGCCACGUACCGCGUGGGCGAUGGUAAGGUGUUGAUCGAGGACAUCAAUCCCAACCUCUGCACACACAUCGUCUACAGCUCAAUCACGCUCACGUCCACCGGCAGCAUCAAGCUGCUCGACAGCUAUGCCGACGUCACGAAUGGCGGGUUUGCACGCUUCAAAAGCGUCUGCCAGCGUGCUCCCGCCGUCAAGUGCAUGAUCGGGCUGAACAGUCUCCAGUCCGGCUCGAGCCCAUUUUCCACCCUCAUGAACAACACCAUCACCCGACAGGCGGCCGUCUCCUCGAUCAUGAGCUUCCUCAUCAAGCAGUACCAGUUCGAUGGGCUCGACUUUUACUGGCAGUAUCCCGUGCUGAAAGGUGGCAAUCCCGAGGACCGGUUCAACUUUGUCACCUUCAUCUCGGAACUGUCCGCCAAUCUGCACAUGUACGGGCUGCUGCUAACGCUCAGUGUUGCACCGACGAGCGACUUCUUCAUGGGCAGCUACAACGUGCCGAGUUUGGUGCGGUACGUCGACUACUUCAACGUGAUGGCGUUCAAUAUGCACCACUACUGGGAUGGCAAGACGGGCCAUCAAAGUGCGCUGUACGCUAGCGGCAAGGAAACGUCCCUCUAUGAAGCACAGCUCAAUGUGGACGCCGUCAUUACCGGGUGGAUCGCGGAAGGAGCACCAGCCUCGAAGCUCAUCCUGGGAGUUACUCCGACGGCGAACAUUAUGAAGCUGUACGCAGCGACCGAUAGCGGCAUCGGUGCACGAACGGCUGGCCGGGGUGAUAUGGGCCAGUACACAACGACCGAGGGCAUCAUGUCCUACCCCGAGCUGUGUCUGGAGCGAGCGAAAGCAGGAUGGGAGACGGUGCUCGAUCGGACGCAGGAAUCGUUCUACGCCACCAACAAAUUCUCGUGGGCCACCUACGAAGAGGUACAGACGGUGCAGCUGAAGGGUGCGUACAUUAUAACGCGCGGACUGGCGGGCAUGGCGCUGUACGAUAUGGAGAACGAUGAUGUAAAGAAUCUCUGCGGGAAGGGCUUUUAUCCACUGCUGAGAGGUGUUAAUACGGGACUGGGACGAAGGAUCCCGGAUGGUGAAUCUUCCGGCACGACGACCACUGCGAAGGCAACAACGACUACCACUACGGCGACCACCAAAGCACCAACGACAACAACAACAACUAAAGCAACCACUACGACGACCACCAGAGCACCAACGACCACAACUUCAACAACGAGAGCUACGACGACAACCACUACUUCGCCGCCUGUUCUGCCAACAACAUGUCCUAGGAAUGGAUACGUUCGUGAUCCAACCAACUGCAGCGUCUACUAUCGAUGCAUUCCGAAUGGAUCGUUCUUUACCAGCUGGAAAUACACCUGCUUGAACGGGCUGUACUUCAAUAUUGCCACAAGCACCUGCGAUUAUCCGAAUCGUGUGGCGUGCUAGGGGCAACUGUGUGAAUAAGUGAACACGGCACCAUUGAGGUUCUAGUUCACCUUAGUGAUAUCUUUACACUGGUGUUGGUUAACGUUAACUUAAGAUCUUUAUAUUUCCAGCAAAAAAGAAAAAAACCACAUCAACCUUAAGAACGACUUGAGCGGUUGAGGUUUGCGCACAGUUUUUCCAGGUAAACUCCAAGGAGAAGUAAAAACAAAUUCAUUUGCA